AUGAUCUCAUGGCGCCUCUGGAAGUCAGCCAAGCACUCGACCCGCUGUGACGGCCCAUGCCUCUCCGAAAGCCUGGUCAUCUUCGUGGAAAGCGCUGCGCUCGUCCUUGUCUACGAUGCCAUCUUGAUGGUCUUCUACGCGAUGCACUGGCCGCUCUUUCUCCCUGUCAUGGACUGCACGGCAGAGAUAUCUGGCAUCGCGUACAUGUUGAUCAACGUGCGCGUCACGCUGGGGGUGGCGCGCCAGGGUACUUUGACACCGACUGACGCAUCCCGUUGGGCGGUUGCGACGAACCCCGCUAGUACGACGUUGACGCGUCAGACAGUCAGCUUCGCUCACGAGGACACGACCGAUCCGCUCGAGCUGCCAAAGGUGGCACGUUUGACGCCAACGGGAAGCAGGGUGUAG